AUCAACCUUGUUUUUCCCUUUGUCUGGCCUUCACAAUGAUACAUGAAAUCUUCAUAAUCACCUUCCUUGGCCUUUUUCUUCUUCUAUCAUAUUUUCUUAGAGCUUUCGAUCUUCCGAUCUCCAUCGACCACAGUCCAUAUAGUGAUUCCUGUGGACUUGUCUUCCACGUGUCUACUGAUUCAUAUAAUCUCGGACCCUGCAGCGAUCCUAGUUACGAACUAGUCUGUGAGAAAAACAGAACAUUGUUACAUUUAAUCUAUGGAAGGCACUUAGUUCAGACCAUUUAUGCCAUUAACUCCACCACCGUCAAAUCCAUCGCCGGUGGAGUUGACGAUGACAACUGCUAUGCAAUCACUCGUCAUUCUCUCCCAUACAGCAACUUCAGCCACGUUUUCUCUGACAAAUAUUAUUCUUCUGUUGUGGGUGGAUUAGUGUUGUUCAGCUGCGAAAAUCCAGUUCUCUCUCUAAGUGAUAAUGAUGCUGUUGUGCAGUUUUGUUCAAGCAGUGAAGAGCCAAAAACGCCUUAUUCUUAUUUGCUGAAGGCACAGGAUCUAAGCGUAUCUGCUGUGGCAGAGUCGUGUAAAAUAGAUUUGAUGGUGAAGGUGUCGCCAUGGGGACCAAUGACAUGUAAUGAGAAUUGUUCAUAUCCACAAGUUCAGAGCGAAGAGAUUAAAGGGAUUGAGAUCAAAUGGCGACCAAAUCGUUGUGGCGUGUGGGAAGGAGAGAAAGGUAAUAACUGCCGGUUUGAAAAUACCACAAAUAUGGUUCUCUGUCAUCCUCGGAUUGAAGAAUUUGGUGUUUCUGAAUUUCUUUUGGAAUUGGUUUCGAAGUGUCUAUUUGCAGUGACGCUCUGGUCUGCAGCUAAAUUUGUACUAGGUGCCCCGUGUGCUUUUAUAUUCUUGAUUCGUCGAUGGAGGAGAAGGCAUCAAUCUUAUGAUGACAAUGUUGAGGACUUCCUCCAAAAUAAUAGCAAUUUGAUGCCCAUAAAGUACUCUUACUCAGAGGUCAAGAAAAUGACUAAUGGCUUCAAACACAAGUUAGGUGAAGGAGGCUAUGGUUAUGUCUAUAAAGGUAAGCUUCGAAGCAAUCGUGAUGUAGCUGUCAAGUUACUGGGAAAGUCCAAAACCAAUGCACAAGAUUUCAUCAGUGAAGUCGCCACUAUUGGCAGGAUUCAUCAUGUCAAUGUGGUGCAGCUAAUCGGGUUCUGUGCUGAAAGAAACAAGAGAGCUCUUGUUUAUGAGUUCAUGUCUAAUGGAUCUCUUGACAAGUACAUUUUCUCAGAGAAACAGCGGAACGCGUUGAUCAAUUUUGAAAAAAUAUUUAAUAUUUCUCUAGGGAUUGCCCGAGGAAUUGAAUAUUUACAUCGAGGAUGUGAUAUGCAAAUUCUACACUUCGAUAUCAAACCCCACAAUAUCCUACUUGAUGAGAACUUUAAUCCAAAAGUUUCAGAUUUUGGAUUGGCAAAGUUGUAUCCAUUAGAAAAUAGUAUUGUAUCUUUGACAAAUGCAAGGGGAACAUUUGGAUACAUGGCGCCUGAAUUUUUGUACAAGAACAUUGGAGGGAUAUCACACAAAUCUGAUGUUUAUAGUUUUGGGAUGUUGUUGAUGGAAAUGGCUGGGAGAAGAAAGAACACGAAUGUCAUUGAACAUUCUUGGCAAACAUAUUUUGCCAAAUGGGUCUAUGACCAAUUUGAGGAAAUAAUAGAUGAGGGUAAUACCUCUAACGAGGAAAGGGAAAUUGCAAAGAAGAUGAUUACAAUAGCUUCACAUUGCAUACAAAUGUAUCCUGGUGAUCGACCCUCGAUGAAGGAAGUGAUAGAGAUGCUUGUGGGAGAAAUUGAGCUCCAAGAAGCUUUGCCACCCUAAAUUUUAUGUAACUUAAUUGCCAAGAAGGUUUAUGAAAGAGGAUAAGGGACUCAUGACAAUUUGAGUUUAGAAAGAGUUAUUAUUUGCAAUAAACAUGUAAAACUACUAUAAUUGUUAGCAUGUUUGAUGUUUUCUUAGCAUUUUGAUUUACUGGACUAUAGGCUUUGAGAAGAAUCACAUAGACAUCCAUUAAGAUUCAUCUGUAGUUAUGGAUUUUGAAAACAAUUGGAUCAUUUGAUGACAUAAUUGUGAUCGACAGUUUAUGUAUAUGUUGAUAUAAUUAAUCCAAUAGGUCUUCCAAAAAAAAAAAAAAAGGAGCGAGUACGGAAGAUAGAACUAAGCUCCACAUUUUAUUUCA